AUGAAUCCAGACCCAGAGAUCGUCAAAUAUGGGAACAAUGAGAUCAGAAUCAACGACGGGCCUUCUGCCUUGGGCUACAUUUUCAGCAUCGCAGCAAGCAACGCCGCUUUCCCCAGGAAGUAUGAUAACUACGCAGUUCCUCUGCUGGCCAUGUAUUCUCGGUGUCUUUAUCUAGCAUACAUCCUUGGCGAUGCAGGGCUGCCGAACGACGAAGGCGUACCGUAUAUGGGCAACUGCAUAUACACAGUCAUCGCCGGAGCAGAACCUGAUUUUGAUCUUCUUCUUGGGAGCACUUAUCAAACCAUUGGAGACCUGAGAGCCUCCAAAAUUCAAAUGAUGAAUCGGUUCCGUCGUGGUAUCGUCGAUGGCGGACUUAGCCAGUACAACCCAGUACACACCCCACCUCUGGAGCCUCGAGUUUAUGCCGGGGCUAGGUUGGCACUGAAGAAAUACCUGCGAGGCUUGGUACCAAGUAAAGGCGGUACUAACUUAUGGAUACCUGGCACGACUGAUAUUGCCCAAGGCAAUCCUCUGGUCACCAAUUUAGCAGCCCAGACAAGCUUUAAUGCGCUCGCCACAGCUUGGGCGGCUGAGUGGCUCACCCAAAAAAAGACUCUGAUUGUGCCGCUGGCAAUGCUGAAAGCCGUUUCUUCUCAAGCCCUGACGUCGGUCGGAGGCCCAUCGAUUGCACAAGCUAUCGAGAAUGUGCUAGGUCAGAUCGUUACAAAGCGCUGGGCAGCAGAUUAUCAUCGCGCAACCGCGUGGCCAGAACUCUUUCCUCUCGUAAAGGAAUUCUAUACCCAGGUGUAUAUCCCGCACAUGUUCCCUGUCCAGGCGGCCGCGCCACUGACGCCCGACCUUACGCAACCGCAAGUGACAAUGCCUGACUGGCCGGCUGCCGUCGAUGCGGUGGUCGCAGGAAUACUCACCGCCCAGAGAGAGGUGAUCCUUGACAAGCUGGACCAUCUAUACUCAUGGAUCUCAACAGGUGCAGAUAACCUAUCGGAUGGUGGCCCUGACAGGCCGCGCUAUGGGCGAUGUGCAGAGACACACCCAGUUGUCGGUCUUAUGCCAAAUUAUGUUCCCAACCGGGUUAUUUCGCCUGCCGCCAAUCCAUCCCCUGUUCGCGGAUUCUCGGUCCAAAUACUUCGCUUUAGCAACUUGGUCCUGCCAAACGUCGUCACGUGCAACAAUCUGUCUCUGGAUGGAGGUUUUACCAGUGCUACUCUGAAUGCCUUCCAUGCAGCCGCUGUCAACGACCCGGUCUACCGCCUCCCAUGCGAUAAUUGCAAAAUCCUGCUCCCAGAAAUGGAUGCGCCGAUGGGACAGAAUGCUUACUACGCCGAUAUGGCGGCACUUGAUCCCAUUGGUUUUCCUAACAUCAGUUAA